AUGUUCGGUGUCCUGGAACAGGCGAGCCCCGCGGCCAGUUCUAAAGUGGAUGUGGACAAGGUGAAGCGGCCCAUGAACGCCUUCAUGGUGUGGUCCCGGGGUCAGAGGAGGAAAAUGGCACAGCAGUAUCCAAAAAUGCACAACUCGGAAAUCAGCAAGCGGCUGGGAGCAGAGUGGAAACUGCUGAGCGAUUCAGAGAAGCGGCCAUUCAUCGACGAGGCCAAGAGGCUACGAGCCGUGCACAUGAAGGACUAUCCGGAUUAUAAAUAUCGGCCCCGACGCAAGAGCAAGGCAUUGUCUCGAAAUGAAGCCAAGGUCCCCCUGGCUGGUGGAACACUACAUGCGCAAGGACCCUGCGGCAACCCGCACUUCGAUUCCUAUAGCUGGGGCUCCGCCGGGGGGUUCGCGACGCUUCCACCCGAGACCCUGACCUACCAACAGCCGCCAGCCGCACUUCAGCCCCGCUACGAACUGCAGUACCCGCCCGCUUCUCAGGCCUAUCUCGGUGGGUCGUCGCCGUACGGUCUUCCGCCUCCCUACGGCCACCAGUCGCCCGUCUCCGGGCCCAGGAGCGAGGCCGGAGCUGGCACGCAUGAACACACACAGGUGCCGGGGGAGCUGCGCGACUCCGUCAACCUGUUCCUCCCCAGCAGCGACGGACAAGAGGUGCACGGCCACCGCAGUUACCACCCGUUGCCUCCGCUCUACCAGAACUUUCCGCUGAACGGCACAAUGCCCCUCUCGCACAUCUGACCAGAGACAGCCAGGAAUGGACUCUAAAAUAUUUUUGCAAGGAGUUAUUUUUAUUCACUGUGUAUAUAUCAAUCUUUGAAUUAUUCCCUUAAUGGGAAGUUUUUUAAAAAUGUAAUGAACUCCUUUAAGGAGUGAGUUUUGUCGUCAGGUUACACAAGGGGAGAUGAUGACUGUGCGUGUUUAUACACGAGUUGUAGUCUUGUUCAUCUUGCCCACAACCAAGCCUUCAGUACCAGGCUCAGUUACCCGGGCAACCUCGAGGGGAGAGACUCGUAUGAAACUUUCAUCCUAAUUGCUGUAUGGCGACAGGUUUAUCAAAGCACACACCCAGCUUCCAACGAAUUUCUCGUGGUUUUGUAAGUUGCAAGUGGGUAUCUCACGCUGAGAAUUAUUACAAUAGCCUCCGACCUCCACAGUGAUCGUAACCAAGUUUUUUUUUAAAAUAUAAAUUUGUAUGGUUUGCUUUCUGUGUCACAGUGGGUCAAACCGGCCAUACUGCAGACAUUGGUCGACCUGUUGCUUUUAAGCGAUAUAUAGAUUAUAUUUUUUAAGUUCGCGCGUAAAGUGAUAAUAUCUUUUUUAGGCUGUACAGUAUUUAUCAAUGUUUGCAAGGUGCUCUUACCGCGGGAUGGUGUAUAGAAAUCGGUCGGAGUUUGCUGACUGGGUCUGUGGCAAGUAAGCGUAAACAACUCGCCGACAGCAAGGUCUACCUCGCCGUGCGGUGGGGCUCGGACACGUUGAACAAAUAGUCCUAGUUUGUGUUUUUAAAACGAGUUCGCGGAUAGUUUUGUGGACAGGAUGCGGGCGGGUUGUAAAGAUGUUUGAAUUUUAUUGGCAAGGGGAAAUGGUCAGCGUGUUAUUUUAUUUUUAAGUGAAUGCUAAUCCCAUUUAAGAACGCCCACCCCUCGAAGUCUCCUUGUGUUAACAAAGGUUUUGCAAAUCGGUCGGAUUCCAAAGAUUGCUCGUCAAUUUUGUAUAGGCAUCAAAUAAAA